UUUUAAUUUAUUGUAUGCCUUAAUAUAGGUGACAAACAAAUUUUGGGGGUAAAGAAACGUGACUUUUUACUUAUGAAAAAUUACAACUUUGUAAGUCAUACUUUUACGUUUUUUAUUCUCAUAAAAUAAGUUAUGUUUCUCUUAAUUUGUUUCUCCCAUAAAGGUGAAAUAACCUUGUAAUCAUAUUAAUAAUAAUAACAAAAAUGAUUGCCCAGUUAUUACGGCUUUUUACCCUCAUAUAAAUAUAUUUAUUAAUGGUGGUCCUCCAUCGUUGUUUGUACUGUAUUUUCCAAGACUGUCAAUAAAGGUUUUUUUAAAAACAGGUAAACAUUGGACGCGCCCCCUCCUGGUCAGACGGGGCACUGCAGCCUCAGCUCGGCGGUCACGUCGCUGUUUACGGAAACGUUCUACGUCAGCACGUGUGCAGCUUCUGCUCCGUACGUGAGUCUUUGCAUGCUCGUUCCCGGACGAACAAAAGUCCGAGGCGGGUUCUGGGUCGACUUUUCGCGGCUCCUUCCUCCCCAAAACUCCACUUUCCUUCGAGCGCAGCUCCGCGGGCGAUGAGGAGCCGCGCCUCCGGCCACCGAGGAGCAGCAGGAGGAGGUCGCGGCCUCAUGUUGGAGGUCUGAGGCGGAGCGGAUUCCCAAACUUCUGUUUUUCAGCGCCACGCGUGGAGGGAAAAUGAUUCUGAGGAGGGUUCCCGCGAGGACGUGCAGAGCGUGGCUGCUCCGGGUCUCCCCCAGGCAGGAGCCGUGUUUCUUCUCGUCCGUGCCCCCGCAGCCCGUGCCUCCUCUGGCCCAGACUCUGCAGGGGUAUCUGAAGGCGCUGGAGCCCCUGCUGCCCCCGGAGGAGCUCAACCACACCCGCAGGAUGGUGCAGGAGUUCAGCAGGCUGGGGGGACUGGGGCCGCACUUACAGGAGGGGCUGGAGAGGAGAGCCAGACUCACCAAGAACUGGAUCACAGACUGGUGGGUGCAGUGGGCGUACCUGGAGAGCCGGCAGCCUCUGCCCGUCCACUCCAACCCGGCCAUCUCUCUGCCCCGGAGGGAUUACAACGACUGGAGGAGCCAGCUGGUGUUUGCGUCCAAACUCAUCGCCGCCGUUCUGGACUUCAGAGCCAAAAUGAAAACGGCGCAGCUCCCCGUGGAGUACAUGCGAGGGAAGCCCAUGUGCAUGGAGCUGUACCCGCUCCUCUUCUCGUCCUGCAGGAUCCCCGGCCCCAAACACGACUACGUCGCCCACUACGGCAGCGGCCGCCGAUCGCCCACGCACAUCACCGUGGUCAGGAACUACCAGUUCUUCCAGCUGGAGGUGUACAACAGCGACGGCUCGCGGCUGACGGAGAGUCAGAUCCACGGUCAGCUGCUGAGGAUCCGGUCUCAGUCCUGGAAGACGGACAAAGAACCCAUGGGCAUCCUGACCAGCGAGCACCGCCACACCUGGGGGCAGGCCUACAACCGCCUGCUGAGAGACAAACUGAACCAGGAGUCGGUGCAGAUGAUCGAGACCGGACUGUUCUCCGUGUGUUUGGACUCUCCGGUCAUGAGGAUCUCGGAUGAGAAGUACGCCAGCCGCAAGGCCGCGCAGAUUCUGCAUGGAGGCGGGACUUACUCCAACAGUGGGAACCGCUGGUUUGACAAAACUCUGCAGUUUGUGAUCGGCGAGGACGGCUCCUGGGGGCUCCUGUAUGAGCAGGCCACGGCGGAGGGGAUGCCCGUCACCACGCUGCUGCACCACAUCCUGGAGUACUGCGAGAAUCCCGACCCAAAGAGGGCGCCGCUGGUUCCUCUGCCGAUGCCCAAAAAGCUCUACUUUCACAUCGACCGCGAGAUCAAGUGGGACAUCGAGCAGGCCAAGCAGAACCUGGACAUAUUAAUCAAUGAUCUUGACGUCUACGUCUUCAACUUCAAGAAGUUUGGAAAGGAACUUCCUAAAAAACACCGUUUGAGUCCCAACUCCUUCAUCCAGGUGGCGCUGCAGCUCGCCUACUACAGAGUUCAUAGCGAGGUGUGUCCGGCGUGCGACAUCGCCUCCCAGAGGCUGUUCCGAGCAGGACGGACGGAGUACAUCCGCUCGCCAACUAAUCAAGCUUUAAAGUUCAUUCUGGCUUUUGAUGAUCCAUCAGUUUCGCGUGAAGCUAAGCUCGAACUGUUCAGAGAGGCGGUGGAGGCGUACACGGUCCUGACGGAACAGGCUCUGAACGGACACGGGAUCGACAACCACCUGCUGGGGCUCAAGCUGCAGGCCAUCGAGGAGGGUCUCAGCAUCCCCAAAGUCUUCAUGGACACGGCGUACGGCCUGGCCACGCACUGGAGGCUGAGGACGGGGCAGGUUCCUGCUAACACCGACAGCGUGAUGUGUUUCGGGCCCCUGGUUCCCGACGGUUACGCCGUCUGCUACAACCCCCAGGCGGACCACGUCCACUUCUCCAUCACCGCCUUCAACUGCUGCGAGGACACCAACGCAGAGACGUUAUCUCGCACCGUGAAGGAGACUCUGUGUGACCUGCAGGAGCUGCUGGAGCCGCCCGUGUAGCGCCGCCGCUAACCAGGAUCCACCGCUCUGGCGCUAACCAGGAUCCACCGCUCUGCCACACAGGAACAGACUGCUUCUAAAACCUUUUUGUACAUCUUUGGGAACCUUUUAUAAUGCUUUGAUUCUGAAAAGAGCUGAUCUGGUGGCUUUGAAGUGAUUUUUGAUACUUUUUUAAGGUUCUCAUGAAGCAGCGAAUCUCCGUCUUUCUGCGUGAUCAAGUUCUGUGAUGGAAGCUUCAGCGUUUUCACCGUAAAGCGGCCAAAGGCAACCGGACACUCCAGAACAAACUGUACUCCUGUCACUGGUCGGGUCGGGACAUAACCCGCCGUCUGAGACCGUCCCACUAGGAAUAAAGCAUUUUUACCUCUCCUGUGUUGGCUCUUUGUAGAUUAAAAAGCGACUGAAAGGACCAAAGAGGACGAUUACGAACCAGAGUCUUGUAUUCGCUGCUUUGCUCCAACUGCCUCAGAAUUGAGAUGUUUUUGGAUGUGUGGCCUUGUUGUCCUUUCAAUCUGCAGGACUGGAUAAUAAAGUCUGUGAUCACUUGAAGAGAAAAAA